AUGAAUGUUGACAACAACAAACAUACGCUUGGAACGGGCAGCACCAACAACCACAUGCCUGGAAACGGCGGUGGCAGCAACCACAUGCGUGGGAACGGCUGCGGCAAAAAGGUUGAGCGCUCCCGCAAAUGCACCCAGUGUGGUAGCACCAAUCAUACUGGUGCUUCGUGCCCUGUCCGCCGUCCGGCGGCACUUGCUGCGGGCGUGCUGGAGCUUGGUGCUCGUAUGCUGGGUGUGCCCGUUAGGGCCAAAGAUGUGGCCGAGGCUCGCAGGGCCAAGAAAGAGCAGCGGCGGCGGAACAACAAGUUCGCCUCUGGGAGGGGCCAGCGGCAGCUAUUAUGGUCGUGA